GACCCAGAGACAGCAUGACACUCCUGCUGGACAAAAUAGCCAAACCAGCUGUGCUUUUGCAGCUAUCUUUGGUGCUUGGCUUCAUCUUUGUGCUGCUGAAGGUGGCCCAGUUCCACCAGAAAAGGAAGAAAGUCAUCAAAGCUCUGGAGGCUUUCCCUGGCCCACCGAAGCACUGGCUGUAUGGUCACAUUCAUCAGAUUACUCAAAAUAAAGCUUUAGCUCAGUUUUUGGUGUGGGCAGAAGAGUUUCCGUAUGCCUUUCCAAGGUGGCUUGGACCAUUACCUACGUUACUUAUCCAUCACCCUGAAUAUGCCAAAACUGUAUUUGCCCGAGGAGACCCCAAGGGCCUGGCAACCUACAAGUUCUUAAUUCCCUGGAUAGGAGACGGACUAUUGGUCACGAGUGGAGCAAAAUGGUUUCAACAUCGGAAGCUGCUCACACCAGCAUUUCAUUAUGAUGUGCUGAAACCUUACAUGACCCUGAUGUCAGACUCAGUCAAAGCGAUGUUGGAUAAAUGGGAAAAGAACAAGCAAGGGAAGUCAGCAGAGAUCUUUAACGAUGUCAGCUUAAUGACACUAGACACUAUCAUGAAAUGUGCCUUCAGUUACGAUGCCAACUGUCAGACUCAGAGCAACUCCGACUUUUACAUCAAAGCUGUUUAUGACCUGAGCUACCUCGUGGUUCAGAGAAUCCGAAGUUUCCCUUUAAAUGAUUUCUUGUAUGGAAUGACUAGCAAAGGCCGCCAGUUUCAAGAGGCCUGCAAGCUGGCCCAUAGCCACACAGAAAAAAUAAUAAGAGAAAGAAAGAUGUUGCUCUGCAGUGAGAAGGAACAGGAGAAGAUCCAGAAAAAGAGACACCUGGAUUUUCUGGACAUUCUACUUUGUGCUAAGGAUGAGAAUGGAGUUGGGCUGUCUGAUGAGGACCUCCGUGCUGAGGUGGACACAUUCAUGUUUGAGGGCCACGACACCACAGCCAGUGGGAUUACUUGGCUCUUUUACUGCAUGUCAAUAUACCCAGAGUACCAGCAACGGUGUAGAGAAGAGGUCCAGGAGAUAUUAGGAGACCGAGAUACAAUUGAGUGGGAGGACCUUGGGAAGAUGACAUUCUGCACGAUGUGCAUCAAAGAGAGCCUGCGCCUGUUCCCACCGGUUCCUAUCGUGGCACGACACCUCUCCAAACCCGUAACCUUUUCUGAUGGGCGCAGUUUACCAGAAGGCAGCUAUGUAGCAGUGAACAUAUUUGCUGUUCACAGGAACCAGGAUGUAUGGGAAGACUCUGAGGUAUAUGACCCAAUGAGGUUUUCUCCACAAAACACUGCACAGAGGCACUCACAUGCUUUCCUGCCUUUCUCUGCGGGACCCAGGAACUGCAUCGGGCAGCAAUUUGCCAUGAACGAGAUGAAGGUGACUCUUGCCCUGACCCUGAAGCACUUCGAAAUCACUCCUGACCCAUCCAGGCCUCCCAUUCUGAUACCACAGCUUGUCCUCAAGUCUGCUAAUGGGAUCCAUGUGCACUUGAAGAAGAUUUGCUGACCUGGGGUAGCAUGGAGGCAGCAAGUG